GCGGCAUUUUGCACUAAAAGUCAAAUGCAAACAAAUCAAAUUCGACAACAACGAAAAUCAACCAAAUUAGUUUUCACAUUGUUAUUUUUCCGUGUGUGUUUUCCCCACCACCCCCCCCACCCAAUUUUUUAGGGUACCGAAGCUUGAUUGUUCCUAAGCGCGGAUCGUUGAUUGUUUGCUUUCCUUAAUUUUUUUUUUUUUAUUCGGGUAAAAUCGAAAAACUCGCUGCAAUCUACUCGUGUUCGGACCCAAAUGUAUGGGUGACUGAGGAGCUGUAAUAUCGGGUAAAUGCUCGCUAAUUGGCAGACGGCACGGAAAUCGUCGGAAAUGAAUGAUGCCCGGCUAUAUAGGAAUGCGGCAACUUCGCUGGAUAAAAGCCGCUUGGAAAUGCUGCACGAAUAUGUCCGGGAUCAUUGUCAUCGUGCCCGCAGCGAGGGCGUGGAUGUGAAGGCUCGCCGAAAACUGAUCAUUGCGAGCAUUUUGUGUCUGGUUUUUAUGAUUGCCGAAAUCGUGGGUGGCGUCCUAUCGAACAGCCUGGCCAUCGCAACAGACGCCGCUCAUUUGCUAACGGAUUUCGCCAGUUUUAUGAUCUCGUUGUUUGCCAUCUGGAUUGCCGGGCGACCAUCUACGCAGCGGAUGUCCUUCGGCUGGUAUCGGGCUGAGGUUAUUGGCGCCAUGGCCUCCGUCUUCAUGAUCUGGGUCAUCACGGGCAUCCUCGUUUGGCUGGCCAUCGGACGACUCAUCAGCGGCGACUACGAGGUGAAUGCGAAGAUCAUGCUGAUCACAUCCGGCCUGGCCAUAUUGGUGAAUGUCAUCAUGGGCGUUCAGCUGCAGCAUGGCCAUUCGCAUGGCCUGGGCGGUGGGCAUGGUCACAGCCAUGGUGGUUCCAAGAACGCAUCCCAUGUGCAGGCCACAUCCACACCAUGCUCCGAUUCGCCCAGCCAGCGUAUUGAGGGCGGUGUGGCCUACGCGCCCGAGGAUGCCGAAUUGCCUGGCGGCGGGCUGCCAACGUUCUCCUACCAAAAUACCAAGUUGGUCGAUCCCACACUGGAUUUGGAAAUUGCUGCCGUUCUGGCCGAAACGGCACCCGGAUCACAUCAUCACGGCGGACCGGUUGGACGCGAGGCCGUCAACAUGAAUGUCCGGGCAGCCCUCAUCCAUGUGAUUGGCGAUGUCAUCCAGAGCGUGGGAGUUUUUGUCGCCGCUGGCGUGAUUUACUUUUGGCCAGAGUACUCCAUCGUUGAUCCCAUUUGCACGUUUGUGUUCUCCAUCAUUGUGCUCUUCACCACGUUCACGAUCAUGAAGGAUGCGUUGCUGGUGCUCAUGGAGGGGACUCCCAACUAUAUGCACUACGCCGAGGUACUGCAGAUUUUCCAAGGCAUCGAGGGCGUUGAGCGGGUGCACAAUUUGCGCAUCUGGGCGCUGAGCAUUAAUAAAGUGGCGCUAUCUGCACAUUUGGCCAUUGCUGAAAAUGCGAAUCCGAAGAGGAUCCUGGAUGCGGCCACAUCGGCGGUUCAUUUGCGCUAUAACUUCUUUGAGACCACCAUCCAGAUCGAGGACUAUACCGCCCAAAUGGAGAGCUGCCUGCAGUGCAAUGUGCCCGAGAAGUAGAGUUCUGAUACCGCUUACACAACCAAAUUUGAUAAUAUAGUUCAGUGUGUAUUCAAUAUUUAUUCUGCUGUACGCCCGAUAAGAGUGACACCCCCGUCUAUCCAUGUAUUGUGUAAACAAUCCACGAUUUCGGCUAGGUCCGACCAACAAAUCGACUAUAAAAUAUAAUAUAAUAAUAAAACUCGCGUUGAUUGCCCCCAC